AUGGCUCCCAAACCUAUACUUGAGAUGAGCCUUGGCUUGGCAAGAGAUGUGCUCAACCUUCACGAUCACUAUGAGGAUAUCAGGCCUACCUUCAAAACCUCUGAGUUCUGCAAGGCCACCCAUGAAGCCACCAUGGCUGAUUAUGCAAAACAGAAGGCAGAACCGGACCAAAUGGUUACAAGUUAUAAAGAAGCUAAGGCCAUUGUUGACAAGCUAGAGAAGCAAAUUGAAGAACUCCAAAAGGAACUGGCAGAAUGUAGGGAGGUGCAGAACAAGCUUGGGGCUAGACUGAAUUCCAAAACCAAGGCUACCUUUCUCAUGUAG